AACAAAUCCCAAUUAAAUUUUCUAUUUGUCAGAGAAAGAAGAGAGAAACAGAUGUCUUUAUACCAAAAUGGAUGAUGCGAGGGAGGAGUUGACACCAGCUGAUGAAGACUUGGAAAUAAAAUCUGGUGAAGGAGGAAAUCAGAACAGUUCCAACUAUCACUUCGACUCCAGCUAUGAACCUUUCUUUGAUUCUGUUGUGAAUGGUGACUGGGAAAAUGCUAAGGAGUGUCUUGCUACAUUACUAAUUCCUAAUGUACUAAGAGCAAGAAAUCCAGCAGCUAGAGGAUCUACAGCUCUUCACAUUGCAGCGAGGGAAGGGCAUGUGCAUAUUGUAAAAGAGUUGGUGUUGUUGAUGACUCAAGAAGAUCUGGAAAUAAGAGAUGAUAAUGGUUGCACCGCUCUUCACAUAGCAGUACAGAAGGAGAAUGUGGACGCUGUGAAAGAGGUGGUGCCGUUGAUAAGACAACAGGGCUUGGGAAUAAAAAACAAAACUAAUGGUGAAACUGCCCUUCAUGUAGCAGCUGGGAGUGGGAAUGUGCAUAUUGCGAAAGAGUUGGCAGAGUUGAUGAGGGAAGAAGAUUUGGAAAUAGGAAACUCCAACAAUUGCCACGCUCUUCACAUAGCACUCUUGAAAGGGCAUGUGCAUAUUGGGAAAGAGUUGAUAGCAUUGAUGAGAAAAGAAGCUUUGGAAAUAAAUGAUGGACAAGGCUAUACGGCUUUAGGUCGUGCCAUAAGGUUAUGCCACCACCGUGGAGACGAGUACAGUGAAGAAGCUGUGAUCGAAAUGAUUAAACCCAUGGUUGCAAAGAACCAGAAAAUACUUGGCAUUGUGGCUUCUCCCAAUGACUACAUUCCAGUAGUGGAGGCUUGCAUGUUGUUAAAAUUCCAAUUGGGCCGCUAUCUCUAUUCCGUUACUCCACGGGAAGCUUUAAUGCCGCCAAAGAACAGAUGGCAAGGUGCUUCACUAUUUGUGUUUUGUCUUGGAGCGAAGGAAUUUGGUAUAAAUAUACAAGCUCCCGCUAUUUUUGAUAUUCAUGAUCUUUCUAUACCUGUUUCAAUCUCAGAAGAUGAUGGAGGUACUCAAAGGGAUGUCGAUGUCUCAGGAAUCAAUCGCAUAUAUGAAAUGAAAUUGAUCCAUGUUCGGAUGUUUGAAUUUAUACGUUGCAUGGGUGAAGCCACAAGAAAUAGGGAUGAUCUUACACUUGUGCAACUUGAUUUGAUGAAGAAAUCAAUCUUCGAAGCGUGCUUUAAAAAUAGUAUGCUACAUGCUGCAGGGAAUUUAUCUCCCUUUUCACAGUCUAAUCAUAUUCAAGGUGCAAGUUUGCAAAUGCAAAGAGAAUUGCAAUGGUUUAAGGAGGUCGAGAGUAUUGUUCCUCUAGCAGCACAUGAGACUCGAAAUACUUCAGAUGAUUUGACAGCUCGUGAACUAUUUCAUAAGAAUCAUGAGAAAUUGAUGGUGGAGGCAGAAAUAUCAAUGAAAGGGACAGCAACUUCUUGUACAGUUGUAGGUGCUUUGAUUGUUACCAUCAUGUUUGCCGCAGCAUUCACAAUUCCUGGUGGAAAUAAUGGUACAUCAGGCAUUCCAAUGUUCAUAAACGAAAACUUGUUUUUGGUGUUUAUAGCUUCAGAUACUAUAUUCCUCAUUUUUUCCACAACUUCAGUUAUUAUAUUUUUGGGAAUCCUCACAUCACGUUAUGCAGAAGAGGAUUUCCUCCAAAACUUACCCACAAAGAUGAUGAUAGGUCUUUUAACCCUCUUCAUCGCUAUUGCCACCAUGAUGAUCGCAUUUUCUUGUGGCCUUGUCAUUAUGCUUCAUGGAAAAUAUUCAUGGGUUCCUAUUCCAGGCAUCUUGGUUGCUAGUAUCCCAGUGACCUCAUUUGUGUGGAUGUUGUUUCCCCUCCUUGUGCAGACUUUCAUUUCUACUUAUGGACCGGGAAUAUUCAACAGGAAAGUCAAACAGUGGUAUUGA